CCGACGGGUACGGAACAAAGUCAACACUGAACAGAAACCACACAGCUCGGCCUCAGCCUCUCAGCCUGUGGUGCUCUGCUCGCGGCGUCUUGAGCUUCAAUGACCAUGUCCAUGGCAGCCACUCCUCUGUAUGCCUCGAUUCCACUAAAACCCUCAAUCUCCAUAUCCAACAAAUCAAUCUCUUACUCUCUCCCUCUCUCGCAUAUCGCCGCCGCAAAUCACGGCAAUCUGGUUUCGCCGUCGUCUCCUCAUUCUUUGCAAGCGACAUCUAAAACUUGCAUAUCGGCCUCUUCAACCACUGCCUUCGAGGUCGACCGAGCUCCUGUCGCUGCUUCACCCUCAAAGUCUCUGCCUUUUCGGGUCGGGCAUGGGUUCGACCUCCACAGAUUGGAGCCUGGCUACCCUUUGAUCAUUGGCGGGAUCAAUAUACCACAUGAAAGAGGCUGCGAGGCUCACUCCGAUGGAGAUGUGUUGCUUCACUGCGUGGUGGAUGCAAUUUUGGGUGCUUUGGGGCUUCCGGAUAUCGGGCAAAUCUUCCCGGAUUCGGAUCCUAAGUGGAAGGGUGCUCCAUCUUCUGUUUUCAUCAAAGAAGCUGUGAGGCUCAUGCAUGAGGCAGGUUACGAACUAGGAAACUUGGAUGCCACAUUAAUUCUUCAAAGACCAAAAUUGAGCCCACACAAGGAAGCAAUUAGGGCCAACUUGUCCGAGCUACUUGGAGCGGACCUCUCUGUUGUUAAUUUGAAGGCAAAAACUCAUGAGAAGGUAGACAGCCUAGGAGAAAAUCGAAGUAUUGCAGCUCACACCGUGGUUCUACUCAUGAGAAAAUAGAAUGUUAGACUUUUAAAUUAUGGGUCAAAAUGUUAUAUAAUUUGUAAUUAGUAAAACAUAUUGAGUAAUGCAAUUGCUUGGUCUUCACAAACUAGUGCGUUUGAUUUGAAUAAAACAUUGUAAAGCAGGCCUAUUUUAUAAGAGCCAUCUCCAUAGCAAGGUAUAGUUUAUUUGAUAUUUAAUGGAAACGGAAAUGGAAGUCCUGGAAUUCUACUAUAUGUUAUUCAGAUCAGAGUGAUGCAAGUUAUAGUUUAUUUGAUAUUUAAUGGAAAUGGAAAUGGAAGUCCUGGAAUUCUAGUA